CGGCAGCACUGAGCUGUAGUUGCUAAAGCAGCAGCAGAACCGGCGCCACAGCUCCUGUUGUACUGAGGCGUGAGAGAGAGGGGAUACAGAAUCCAGCAUGGACAUCCGACCCAACCACACCAUCUACAUCAACAACAUCAACGACAAAAUCAAGAAGGACGAGCUGAAGCGCUCGCUCUACGCGCUCUUCUCCCAGUUCGGACAGAUCGUGGACAUCGUGGCCCUGAAGACGGAGAAGAUGCGGGGCCAGGCCUUCGUUGUGUUCAAGGAGCUCGCUGCAGCCACCAACGCCCUGCGGCAGCUGCAGGGCUUCCCCUUCUACAACAAACCCAUGCGGAUCCAGUACGCCAAGACCGACUCCGAGGUCAUCUCCAAGAUGAGAGGCACCUACGGCGACAAAGACAAGAAGAAGGAGAAGAAGAAGAAGGCGGCCCAGGAGGCGGUGAUGAACGCGGCGAAGAAGCCGGCGGCGGGGGCCAACACACAGACACACACACCAGCAGUGCAGGUGCCAGACAACCCGCCAAACUACAUCCUGUUCCUCAGUAACCUGCCGGAGGAGACCAAUGAGAUGAUGCUGUCCAUGCUCUUCAACCAGUUUCCUGGUUUCAAAGAGGUGCGGCUCGUCCCCGGAAAGCACGACAUCGCCUUCGUGGAGUUUGAGAGCGACGCGCAGGCGGGCGUGGCCAAAGACGCGCUGCAGGGCUUCCGCAUCACGGCCACCUGCGCCAUGAAGAUCACCUACGCCAAGAAGUAGUUCCUCGCCGAGGCUCAGAGACUGAGGGUGGAGGGAGGGGGGCGGGCGGGCGGAUCUCUGCUGGGAUCCUGCUGCCGUUUAGGUUUUUUGUAAAUCCUACGCAGCUUUUUUUGGAAGUUGUAUUUUUUGUUUGGUUUUUAAUUUGUUCAGUUUUCUGAGCGGUCAAAGAGAAAACUGUGAUCCGACUUUUUGUUUUGUAAGACAGAAUAAUAAAGGACUUUUUUGUACAAA